CGGGCCCAGCACUGCUCGCCCGGGCGCAGGCGCCGCCGCUCGCCCCGCGGCAAAGGGCAACUCGCCCGGGACGGCGGCUCCAUGCGCUGCCAGGUCUCGGUGCUGUAUUUCGCCAGGAGCGCGGAGCUGGCGGGACUGCGCUGCGAAACCCUCUCGGUGCCACGGCAGAUCACCGCUCUGCAGCUGUGGGAGGAGAUCGUCAAGGUCCAUCCCAGGCUUGCUGUCAUCCGGGAUCAAGUGGUGUUUGCUGUUCGUCAGGAGUACGUGCUUCUUGGAGAUCAGCUCCUGCUCCUGCAACCUGGAGACGAAGUUGCCAUCAUCCCACCGAUUAGUGGAGGCUGA